GUAUAAGUACAACAUAUUACAGAGGGCAUCCUUCGCUGAUCAUAAAACUUCUACACUUUUGAUUGGAUAAUGUGAAGUACAUUUAGGGACUCUUAGCUCUUGUGCAGGGUCUACUCUUUUACUUUAGAGAAGAAGAAGAAGAAGACGAAGAAAAACGUACAUGCAGUUGUUAAAGUGCUUCGUUUUCAUUUAUAACCACAGAGUUGGUUCCUCAUUCUUUUGGGGGGGGGGAAGUUAGCCUUUGGCCGUAACGGAAGAAAAACUCUUCAGGUCUUAAAAUGAGGGAUCAGAGGAGAAAAGCUUGGAUGACAAUCCUUCAACUGAUCAGUAAUCUUCUGUGGGUGGUGGGGCUAGUGGUGGGCCUGAGUGGAUUUUACCUGCUGCUGGACUACAGACAGAGCAGUAUAUAUUUUUCUCAUAUCUAUAUCAUUCUGCCAGCUGUCCUCGCUCUCUGCAGCGCUGUGCUCUUGGUGGUCAGCGGCUUCCUCGGCUCCUUGAAGCGCAUCGAAGAUUCCCCCAUUCUCCAGGGACUGUUUGUCUAUCUUUUAGUUGUGGUCUUCUGUCUGGAAAGCACAGCUUCAGUAUUGGCUUAUUUUCAUUCUACAAAGUUGGAUUCAGAGUUAGCAUCUCUUGCAGGAGUCUUUCAGGAGUACACAGGCAGCAGCCAAGACCCCAAGUCCUUAGCGGUGGAUGUUACACAAGAAGAGUUGCAGUGUUGUGGUGUCCAUGACUACAGGGACUGGCUGGAUACGUCCUGGUUUAAUGUCACAGGUGGAGAGUUGGUUCCUUACAGCUGCUGCAACUCUUCUUUCCCCUCCUGCAAUGGCACAGUGGGCCAGCCAUGGAAGCUUAACACACAGGGCUGCCAGGUAAAGCUGGAGAUAUCUUUUCAGUUUUUGCUGGAUUUAAUCAUCUGGUGCUCCCCAGCAGUGUUUCUGGUCGAGCUUGUGAUGUUUGUGAUUCUGGGACAGCUGAUGAGAGACCAGCCUUUAAGGAAAUAUCAAGAACUCAACAAAUAGACACUAGAUGUAUUGUGCUUUUGAGCAAAUAUUACAAUACAGAAUCAUUUGUAGUAUGCAGACCUAUACAUCACAAUUAAACUACAAUUAAAUGUUUUCUGUUGUACACUAAAAAUAUAAAAGUAGUUUUGAUAAAUGCAGCUGUAUAAUUUAUUCUUGUUGUCGAAUCUGUCUUAAACACAUACUUUUAAUUGCUGCUGCAACAAUAAACUAUAUUUGAUUGGC